AUGAUGUACUUUCAGAACCUGCGCUGCCGGCCUCCAGCUGUGGGCUGCGGCAAGGCCUUGAGGACGGGUUCCGUGGAGGAGCUGGACUUGGAAGGUCACGAGCCGGUCCCUGAUUUCGGGAGCUACGCGCCACCGGACAAGGAUUCCAAAAUCUUCUGUGGAGCCGCGCAGGCCUGCCGCUUCCAACAGCCAUCCUUCGGCGAGGAGCUGCUGAACCCGGAGAACAUGGCGGGGCCCAACGUCCCCAACGACGACAGCACGCCCAAGGCGCUGCUGGAGUCCGAGGCCUCCGAGGUGCCCUACGUGGCCCUGGAAGACACAGGCGAGGAGGCGCUGAGCGAGUCCCAGAAGCUCGUGCAGGACCUGGCUAACGUCAAGCGCAGCGUGGGGUUUUUGCACAAGCUGGUGACGGUGCUGGCUGUCAUAGCCUUGAUCAUGGCCGCACUCCUUUUGAUUGCGAUCUACACGCAGCUCAACCCGGCUGAGCAAGCCACAGCCAGGCGGUACACAAUGCUGGCCUCCAUCCCCGUUGUAGCCCUCUUGUUCACCUGGUUCCACAUCUGGCUGGCCAUCCAGAUGAUGUUUCUCCCCCUGAACUUCGUAGGCCUUUGGCAGUACAGAGCGACCGGUAUGGGCGUCGGUUGGCAGGGCCUUGUCCCACGGAAGUGCGACAAGAUGGCCAGGAUGUCCUACAAAUGUGCGCGGCCAUACCUGGAGGGCCCCAGGGACUGGCUGGGCCGUGUGGACUCCAGACGCCUCGUGCAGGAGGUGCGGGGUGAACUGCGGGCCGUGGUCGACCGCGCGGUGAGCAAUGCAGUGAAGAAGUACUUCCCCCGCACCGACAACCGGAUGCCACAGUCGAUGCGGAGCCGUCUCACCGAGCAGGCCCUGGACAGGAUUCAGGAGACUUCUCCAGAGCUGUGGAACACCAUCACAGAGCUCCUUUGCAACGAGCGGAUCGGCAUCGACAACGAUGGCCUGAUUGUGAAGGUGUUCACCGAGAACAAGUCUCUGCUAAAUGAGUUCUUCCUCCGAUUGGGCGAUCAGGAGUUCCGCUUCAUCGAGCAUUGUGGCGCGAUGAUGGGCUUUCUCUGCGGCUUCUUACAGCUCAUAGCCUUCAACCAUCUCUCGAGCGAGGGACGCGCCAUCUUCCUCCCAGCCACAGGCUUCCUCCUGGGCAUUGUCACCAACUGGCUGGCGAUCCUCAUGGUCUUCAAGCCUUGCUUUCCAAAGCCUAUCAGGAUCUGCGGCUGGCACAUCUGUGACAUCCAGGGCCUCUUUCUCAAGCGUCAGCCCGAGGUGUGUGUGCUGUAUGCGAAGAUGCUGAAGGAGAACUUCCUCUCCUUCAAUAAGAUCAUCGGCUAUCUGCAGACACUUCCCGAGCUCUGGGACCAGCUGAAGGCCGCUUACGUGGCGCACUCCACGGCCGUGCUGCGCGAAACCUUGGGCUCCGCCACGUGGUUCGCGCAGUGGACGAUGGGAAAGGAAGGGUACCAAGACAUGGAACAGGACCUCAAGGUGGCCAUGGUCGAUGGCCUCUACCAUGCCCAUCGGCUCCACAAGGUGUCUGCCCAGUACAUCUCGAAGGUCACGGACAUCGAAGCUCGCAACAGGGAAUGCCUCCAAAAGAUGCCCGCCGACGAGUUCGAGAAUCUGCUGCACCCCGUCUUCCAGGAGGACGAGUGGAUCCUGAUUCUGCUUGGAGGCAUUCUGGGAGCGGUCGUCGGCCUCAUGCAGGUCUACUUCCUCUCCGACUAA